AUGAGUAGCGAAAAAUUAAUAGAAAAUAACCAGUUGGACGCCAUGCUAUUCUUUUCGCCCGAAAAUCGCUUUUGGCUGACGGACUUUCAGUCCAGUUUGGGAUUUUUAUUUAUUACUAAGUCAGAAAAGCAUCUUUUGGUGGAUGGUCGCUAUAUUACGGAGGCUCAGAAAAGUGUCGGCGAUAAGUUAACCAAA